AAAGUGCAUUGUUUAGUAGACAUAUCAUGCAGAUAGACGACUUCCGUGACAAUAAGGAGUAUAUCACGCUGCUCGUCUACAAGAACAACGGGAAGAGAGUGUACUACCCUUGCGAGCCGCCUCCAUACAUCGACGGCAUCCGUAUCAACAGCCCUCACUAUCUGUGCAAGGUGAUAGUUGGAGAAGGCAGCAGUGAUCGAUACACGCUGGUGGUCUCACAGUACGAGAAAACCCGCACGAUAUUCUACACGUUGCGAGCGUACGCUACGUGUCCUUUCUCGCUCAAUAAGAUGGAGCCCUAUCGCCAUUUCAAGUCGCUAAAAGGAGACUGGACGGCUCGCACAGCAGGCGGCUGCGAAAACAACAGACAAACUUACCCCAACAACCCUAAGUUUGUGGUCACAGUGCCCGAUACCAGGGUCCCGUGUCACGUGGUCAUUGAGUUGAGGGGACCCAAGCAGUACCAGAUGGGAAUGGACGUUAGGGUCGAAUCGCUGGAUGACCCUAACGUUACUGCGCCGUUCUUCAAGGAAACUUCUGGACCGUACAGAUCGGGCUUCGUAGUCCUGGAAUUGAACAAUUUGCCUGCAGGCCGGUACAUUGUCACACCAUCCACUUUCUACGCGGGUCAAGAGGGCCCAUUCUUUUUGCAAUUCCGGUCCACUUGCGAGUUACAAUGCGAGGCGCGCAACUAGCGACCUAUGGGCAGGAGGAGGGAACAUGCUUGUCAUUUGAGACAAAAUAACGGGUAACGUUACUGGGUAACGGAUAACGUUGUAGAAUAACGGUAAAUGCAGGCUUAGGCAGCGCCUUCUCGAGGACACCAUGAAGAUUAUUAAUGAAGUUAUUAUUUUUGAAUUUAAUAGUUGACCAAUAUUGUUUGCUAUAAUUAAAUCUUGUUUACACUAA